CAGGUGGUGGUGGUAAUGCACCAAAUCGUUGCCUGCCAACCGCCAUUCAACCUCAAAUACAACGAAAAAGAAGCUGCAGCAGUAGAAGAAGAAGAAGGCUCAGACAUGAACUCUUUGGAACAGGCCGAAGACCUGAAGGCCUUUGAGAGAAGAUUGACAGAGUAUGUCUCCUGUUUACAGCCUGCCACAGGCAGGUGGAGAAUGAUUCUCAUAGUGGUUUCUGUUUGUACGGCUACUGGGGCUUGGAACUGGUUAAUAGACCCUGACACACAGAAGGUCUCUUUCUUUUCAUCUCUGUGGAAUCAUCCCUUCUUCACCAUCAGCUGCAUCACUCUUAUAGCUCUCUUCUUCGCCGGAAUACACAAACGAGUCGUGGCACCGUCUAUUAUCGCUGCCCGCUGCCGUACAGUUUUAGCAGAAUACAACAUGUCCUGUGAUGAUACGGGGAAACUUAUUCUCAAACCUCGACCGAACAUUCAAUAACAGCAGGUUCGGGUGCUCCGUUCAGACAGUGUAGCUGGUCGGGUGUUGGAUAUCCACUGACCACUCAGUGUCUUCAGUCCAAUGUGUGGUCUGAGCAGCACCAAAGGAGACGUACAGAGGCAGAUUCUGUCGCCCUGGAAGAAAAAUACACUCGGAACAAAGAAACGAACUGAUGGGGCCUUUUAACAGUAUUGCUGUGUUGACGUCACCAAUGAAGCUGCUGAUCUGCUCACACGAUCUUUGAUAUAUUUUACACUUUCAGUGUGAGUCCAGAUGUGUUUAUUUCUGUUUAUGAUUUUCAGCAUGAAUUUUAUCUAAAUGUUUCUAUUUUUAAAAUUAUUUGCCUAAUAAAUGCAUCAGGUGUGAAAA